GUCUCUGAUGGGAUCCCACCAACCUCUCUGGAUUAUCAUCCCUUGAUGCCUCCAUGGAGCUCAUCCAGGCAACCCAGGUCUCUUUGCUACCUCAGGAAUCGUCUCCGGCUGCGUGGAGAAACGUCUCUGCACCGCCCUACUCCCACUUCCUGCUCCUCUCCACUCCCUCCGAGCCGCCUUUCAGUUUCAACUCAGCCUUCCCUCCGAACGCUUCCUGUCAGAACUGCAGUCAGAGCGGCCCCGACUCCCUCCCCGGCCUGGCCGGGAUCUUCAUCCCUCUCAUUUAUGGAAUCGUGUGCGUCGUUGGACUAGUGGGAAACAGUCUGGUCAUCCACGUCGUGGUCAACUACACCAAGAAUGAGUCCGUCACCAACAUCUACAUCCUCAACCUGGCCAUCGCGGACGAGCUCUUCAUGCUGGGCCUGCCCUUCCUGGCGGUGCAGAACGCGCUGCUGUCCUGGCCCUUCGGAUCCCUGAUGUGCCGGGUGGUCAUGACGGUCGACGCCAUCAACCAGUUCACCAGCAUCUUCUGCCUGACGGUGAUGUCGGUGGACCGGUACCUGGCUGUGGUGCACCCCAUCCGGUCCUCCUGGUGGCGCCGCCCCCGCGUGGCCAAGGCCAUCAGCGCCACGGUCUGGGCGGGGUCCUUUGUGGUGGUGCUGCCCGUGGUGGUGUUUGCGGACGUGCUGAAGGACGACGGCAACUGCAGCAUCGUGUGGCCCGAGCCGGCGGAAGUGUGGAAGACUUCGUUCAUCGUGUACACCUGCACCGUGGGCUUCUUCUGCCCGCUGACCGUCAUCUGCCUGUGCUACCUCCUGAUCGUCAUCAAGGUGCGAAGUGUUGGAAAACGCGCUCAGGCCACGUCCUCCAGACGCAGGAAGUCCGAGCGUAAAAUCACGCGGAUGGUUGUGGUGGUGGUGGCGGUGUUCGUCCUCUGCUGGCUCCCCUUCUACGCCCUCAACAUCCUCAACCUGCUGGUGGUCCUGCCCGGAGACUUCCGGGGGCUCUACUUUUUCGUCGUGGUGCUUUCAUACGCAAACAGCUGCGCCAACCCCAUCCUGUACGGGUUUCUGUCCGACAACUUCAAGAGGGGCUUCAGGAAGGCCCUGUGCCGAACGUCACGCCGGGUGAAGAGCAACGAGCGGACGGGCACCGAGGUGCAGCGCCCCACAGAGGAGUGGGGGGGCAUUGCGCUUCAGGUGCAAAAGAGCAAGGGGGUCACUGGCGUGAGGGCGAACGACGGCGGUGGAAACAACGAAGAGGUGGGAACAAAUGGACUGGAGGGAGCUGUGCAGAUGAAAGAAAUAUGUAGAACCUCACAAAAUGGAAAUCAGAAUAGAAUAAAAGACAUUUCAAGGACGGAGGCGGCACAGAGAAGCAACCCUGAGCUGAGUGCAGGCGGCGAUUCUGUCACAGCUGCCUCAUCAAAAAAUAAAAACGGCACGUCACACUCCGAAGAACACCCAGACAAACAGGCUGUGCUUGAUAUCAGCUACCUGUAGCGGAGGGU